CUUUCCUGGGAUCUUGGAGCAAGCCCAGCCAUUCUUUGCCGGCUAUGGAAUUGAAGCCCCUGCUGUUGCCACUUUGAAAUGGUCUUUGGAGGAAAGCAGUUGAGAUUAGCCCAUGGUCCUAUUAGAGAAGGCACAGUUCCUGAAAGGGUGUACAUUGGUUAUAGAGCCUAGAGAGUUUGUAUUAGUCCUGAAUAAAAGGCCCAUGCAGGAGAAUGGGGAACAUGGAGGGCAGAAGUUUGUACUAUAAUUAGCUCUAGGACUAGCACAGAUGGGGGAGGGAGGGGAGUGCAAGCAGCAUCUAUUUUGAGCACAUCUGCGAUUGAUGGGACACGUGUGCUGGACUGUAAUGAUCCCAGGGCCAAGUUGCCUGCCUGUGGUGUGUGGUGUGGGGGGGAGGCCUGGGGCAGCAGGAGCAGGACAGCCGGACAGGAAGGCCGGACGGGGUUCGAGCACUUCAACUUCUCUCCCUGAGACACUGUUCCAACUCCGGGGGCCAUAGGCCAAGCUGAGUGAUGGGUGCUGAGGAGGAGGUGCUGGUCACACUAUCAGGGGGAGCCCCCUGGGGCUUCCGACUUCAGGGGGGGGCCGAGCAGAGGAAACCCUUACAGGUGUCUAAGAUUCGAAGACGGAGCCAGGCUGGCAGAGCAGGACUCCGAGAGAAGGACCAGCUCUUGGCAAUCAAUGGGGUCUCUUGCACCAACCUCUCCCAUGCCAGUGCCAUGAGCCUCAUCGAUGCCUCAGGAAAUCAGCUUGUCCUCACUGUGCAGCGGGUAGCAGACGAGGGUCCUGUGCAAUCUCCAUCUCCCCAUGAGCUUCAGGUGCUGUCACCCUUAUCACCACUGAGUCCUGAGCCCCCUGGUGCUCCAGUUCCUCAGCCUCUUCAGCCUGGGAGUCUUCGUUCACCUCCUGAUAGUGAGGCUUACUACGGAGAGACUGACAGUGAUGCUGAUGGUCCUGCCACGCAGGAGAAGCCUCGCCGACCUCGCCGCCGAGGCCCCACAAGGCCCACCCCUCCGGGUGCCCCACCUGAUGAGGUCUACCUGUCUGACAGCCCUGCAGAGCCAGUACCUACUAUCCCUGGCCCUUCCAGCCAGGGUGACAGCCGUGUGAGCUCCCCAUCUUGGGAGGAUGGGGCAGCCCUUCAGCCACCCCCAGCUGAGGCUCUGCUGUUACCCCAUGGCCCCCUCCGGCCUGGUCCUCAUCUCAUCCCUAUGGUGGGGCCUGUUCCCCACCCGGUGGCAGAAGAUCUUACUACCACCUACACCCAGAAGGCCAAGCAAGCCAAACUGCAACGUGCAGAGAGCCUCCAAGAGAAAAGCAUAAAAGAGGCCAAGACCAAAUGCAGGACAAUUGCAUCCCUGCUCACUGCAGCCCCCAACCCCCACUCCAAAGGGGUGCUUAUGUUUAAGAAACGGCGGCAGAGAGCCAAGAAGUACACUCUGGUGAGCUUCGGGGCUGCUGCUGGGACGGGCGCUGAGGAGGAGGACGGCGUUCCCCCAACGAGUGAGUCGGAGCUGGACGAAGAAGCCUUCUCCGACGCCCGCAGCCUCACCAAUCAAUCUGACUGGGACAGUCCCUAUCUGGACAUGGAGCUUGCCAGGGCGGGCUCAAGAGCAUCAGAGGGCCAGGGCUCUGGGCUGGGAGGGCAGCUGAGUGAGGUCUCUGGGCGAGGGGUGCAGCUCUUUGAACAGCAGCGCCAGCGCGCAGACUCCAGCACCCAGGAACUGGUGCGGGCCGAACCAGCAGCCAUGCUCAACGGGGAGGGCCUGCAGCCACCACCUCGGGCCCAGAGUGCUCCCCCAGAAGCGGCUGUGCUCCCACCCAGCCCCUUGCCGGCCCCUGUAGCCAGCCCCAGACCCUUCCAACCAGGUGGUGGAGUCCCGACCCCAACUCCAAACAUCUUUAACCGGUCAGCUAGGCCCUUUACCCCGGGCCUACAAGGGCAGCGGCCAACUACGACCUCGGUUAUUUUCCGGCCUUUAGCCCCCAGGAGGGCCAACGACAGCCUGGGGGGCCUCAGCCCCGCCCCACCCCCCUUCUUGUCUUCUCCGCAGGGGCCCACCCCUCUGCCCAGCUUCACGUCAGGGGUUCCCAGUCACGCACCAGACUCUGGUUCCCCCAGCGCCUCACGCUCCUCGGGCCCUGUGACAGCCACCAGCUCCCUGUACAUCCCAGCCCCCAGUCGGCCUGUCACUCCAGGCGGAACCCCAGAGCCCCCCGCUCCUCCUAGCGCAGCUGCCAUGACCUCCACAGCUUCUAUCUUCCUAUCUGCGCCUUUGCGACCCUCUGUGCGCCCAGAGAUGCCUGCCCCAGGCCCAGGGGCUCCUGAGCCCCCCAGCGCUCGGGAGCAGCGCAUCUCUGUGCCAGCUGCCCGCACGGGUAUCCUGCAGGAGGCCCGGCGCCGGGGGACCCGGAAGCAGAUGUUCCGGCCGGGAAAGGAGGAGACGAAGAACUCGCCCAACCCCGAGCUGCUAUCGCUGGUACAGAACCUGGAUGAAAAGCCCCGGGCCGGAGGUGCAGAAUCUGGUCCUGAGGAGGAUGCUCUGAGCCUCGGGGCUGAAGCCUGCAACUUCAUGCAGCCAGUAGGGGCCAAGAGUUACAAGACCCUGCCUCCCGUGACACCUAAGACCCCUCCUCCAAUGGCUCCCAAGACCCCGCCCCCUAUGACUCCUAAGACUCCACCCCCAGUGGCUCCUAAGCCCCCAUCUCGAGGGCUCCUUGAUGGGCUCGUGAAUGGGGCAGUCUCUUCAGCUGUAAUCCCUGAGCCACCAAGGCUGCAGGGCAGGGGUGGGGAGCUAUUUGCUAAGCGGCAGAGCCGUGCGGACAGGUAUGUGGUGGAAGGUACACCUGGUCCUGGUCUUGGCCCUCGGCCUAGAAGUCCUUCUCCUACCCCGUCUCUGCCCCCUUCCUGGAAAUAUUCACCCAACAUCCGUGCCCCACCUCCUAUUGCUUACAACCCACUGCUCUCUCCCUUUUUCCCCCAGGCGGCCCGAACUCUCCCUAAGGCCCAAUCCCAGGGGCCUCGGGCAACACCCAAGCAGGGCAUCAAGGCUCUAGAUUUUAUGCGGCAUCAGCCCUAUCAACUUAAAACUGCCAUGUUCUGUUUUGAUGAGGUUCCCCCGACUCCUGGCCCUACCGCCUCAGGGCCCCCCAAAACUGCCCGAGUCCAGGAGAUUCGCCGGUUUUCCACUCCGGCGCCCCAGCCCACUGCAGAACCCCUGGUUCCCACUGUGCUUGCCCCGCGAGCAGCCACUACACUGGAUGAGCCCAUCUGGAGAACAGAGCUGGCCUCAGCCCCUGUUCCUAGCCCAGCCCCUCCUCCAGAGUCUCCCAGGGGCCUUGGGGCUUCUCCCAGCUCCUGUGGUUUCCAGGUAGCCAGGCCCCGAUUCUCAGCCACCAGAACAGGAUUGCAGGCUCAUGUGUGGAGGCCUGGGGCAGGGCACCAGUGAGCAGGCACAGGUCCCAGGACCAAGGAGAGGUGGAACAUCCAGUUCCUAAAGUUGCUUCUCCUACCCUAUCCCACCCCCUGUCACUGGCAUCUGGAAGCUAAAUUGCCUCAUGCCAGAGAUAGUUUCCAAGUUGAUGUCCCCAUCCCCCACCUUCCUCCUCACUCUCUACCUCCCUGCCGCUUUCCAACCAUGUCUGCUUUGGUAUCUUUGCCUCUCUUUGUCUCUGCAUUUCCUUGCCUGGAUCUCUGUCUUUAUUUCCAGACUUCUCCACCCGUAUUCCUCCACAGAUCUCUCUUCCUUGACAUUUGUGCUUUUCUCCGUGGGCCUCAUUUUAAUGUUCAGUGAGAAGUAAACAGAGCAGAAGUGACCACUGGGACCUUAAGCAAGAAGCUCACCACCAGGCACACAGC